AUGCCGGGCGGGACGGCUAUCGAUAACGAGUCGGAGCCGGAAGGAGGGGAGCUUGCCCCCAUCCAUGUGACGUCGGCGCCAGCACUGGCCAGCAGCAGCACAGCUGCAAGAGGCAGUUCACUGCUGAGCUCUCCACCAAUGGCCGCGCGCCUGAAUAUCCGGCGGCUAGGGCGACGCUCAGCCUCGCUCCUUCCCCGGCCGCCCUCUCGUCCCUUCCCUUGGAUUACUUCUCCUUCCCUGGAACCCUGCCCGAGCUUAGCUUCUUCUUCCUCCUGCGCUCCGCUUCCCUCGCAUCGCAUCGCAGACUCGCCUCGUCAGAGCAUGCUUCACGGCUCACCUGCUCUCUCUGGCCGUGCACAAUUGAGACGUCCUGCGUGCUGCUCCUUCUCCGUGUCGGAUGCCAACAACGAGGUUGUCUGUCCGCUGACCAACAACGAUGGCUCCAAUUGUCGCAAGCGAUGUCUGGGAGAGAAGCGCUUUCGCUCCAUGCAGGAGCACAUCCGGCGCGCUCACCCCAGCCACUACAUCCCCAAGCUCCCUGCCACCGAGGAGAGCUUCCUGCUGAUGGUCAACACCCCGCUGGACCAGCGCGCGCAUUUGAAUCCGCAGGCGCCGCCCUCCACCCAGCCCAAGAAGCAACAACCUGCCGUCUCCGACCGGGACAUCUACGUCGCUGACGCCAGCUCUCCUGUCACCUCGCGCACCAUCGACGACGCCCACCCGGCAGCGGCCACCGCCGCCGUCGCCCUCGCCCAAUUGCACCACAAUCGCCUGGCCUCGGAUUGGGAGGACACUCAUUCGGACAACGAUAUCGGCCGAGAUCGCAUGCGAUCGUCGAUUGAACUCCCUCCGCUGCGUGAUCAUUUCAAGCAGGAGUCGUUACCCCCGUUUCAGCCGUCCCGUCCUCGCGAGCUGUUGCCUUCCAUUCUACACUCUCCUCCCGGCCGGUCGUCGACACUGCCGCCCAUCCAGCGCAGAGACCGAAUUCAGAGGCCGCGCAAGUCUUCCAUCACGAAGGAUCCCCGCCGUCCCAAGCACGAGCGCACGCGAUCCAAAGAAUAUGGGCGACGACCCAGUCUCGGCGAUCGGAAGGCGCUCUCUGCGGAACCGCAGACCGCGGCAUGGGCCCAGGGCAAGCGAUGGGAAGACCUGAUCGAAGCCGCCACGUCGGCUACCGAAGCGGACGAUGACCGUGAUUUGACGCCG